AGAGCAGGUUAAAAUGAUGUCUGGGGUGCUCGCUGAAAAAAAUGAUCAGCUUACGAAUAUUAAUCAAAUGGCGGAGAAGCUUCCCGACACGUGUCCCAAUGGCACCCCAAAUGGAAUUUUCCAAAUAAAAUUCAAGGGAAUAGACCCAUUCCAAGUUCCCUGCGUUCCCUCUGGAUGGGCGGUGAUUCAAAGGCGCAUCGACGGAGGUGUGGACUUUAAUCGAAACUGGACGGACUACAAAGAUGGAUUUGGAGAUAUUCGGGGAGAGCUUUUCCUGGGACUGGAAAAAAUCCAUCAAAUGACCCAAAACCAGCCUCAUGAGAUGUACAUCCAACUUCGAGAUAUUAAUGGAACCACCCGCCAUGCUCGCUAUGAUAAUUUCAACGUAGGCAGUGAAAGUGAGGACUAUGAACUGAAAUCGUUGGGAGAGUAUUCAGGAACAGCCGGAGAUUCACUAACUGGGCAUCUAAGCAUGAAGUUUUCCACAUUGGACCGGGAUAAUGACAUUCAUGAGAAACGGAAUUGCGCUGAUAAUGGAGGUGGUUGGUGGUUUUUAAAUUGUAUUUUUAGUUCCCUCAAUGGAAAUUAUUAUGCAGGUGGUAAAAGAAUUGCCACUCAACCUUACGGCAUUCAUUGGGGCUCUUGGAAGGACUAUGACUACACAAUCUCGCUUACAUUUGCGCAAAUGAUGAUUAGGCCAAAAGUCAUUUAACAUUUUAAACUCAAU